AUGCUUGGCCAUCUGCUCAAUUCCUUCAAUCCCGCUCGACGGAACACCGCCACCCCGCGGAAUCUCUCUCAGACUGAGCUAUACGCCGAAACCGCACAUACACAACACCUCCUGUUCCCGGACACUCUAUCUCGUCCCUUCGAAGCUCUCGAUGGCCCUUCGCUUUCCGCGUCGUGUGACGGCAAUGACACCCACGAUGACUUACAGAAUCCCCGAGACAUCCGCAUAAUCAUUGCUCAAGGGGAGUUCGGCGCUCUUCCGGAAGUGGUCCUGUUUGAUUCAAACGCCUCAUCUCCCACAUCCCCGGUUCUUCGCUCGAAUAAACAGGUCCCUCGCCCUUCCGAUUCCAAAUUUGCACGCGGACACAUUCGAAAGUCCUCCACCGCCUCCGAAAGCAGCGCAAUUCGCUCGCCUACCACUCCGACAGCGGGGCCGCUACAAUGGGGCCGAACGCGAGCUGGUUCCAUUUCUUCGGCGCUGCCCAAUAUCGACGAGGGAUCACAGAGCAGAGCGAAGGAGUCGGAAAAGAUAGUGGAAGUGGCGCUGGGAUGCAUGUUCGAAAAUGCAUAUUCCAGGUAUCGCGGGGUAAGCAAUAAGAUCAAAGUCAUCCCACUCGAGCCUAGGCAGUAUGGGUCGGCCGUACAAAGCUCUUCUCUCGGUGACGGAUUCGGCUCUUUCGGUAGAGCUGAUGGUCGGAAACGCAGUAAUCUCGCGAUAUCUUACACUCCCGCGGACCCCCCCGCGGACAAAACUUCAGCGGGAUUGGGCUUCUCCGCGCAAGACCGAAAGGACCCACGACGAAGGACGGUGCUACUGAUGCGGACCUUCUCGAUUGCUCUACCAGAAUCCGAGGAUGGUGCCUUGGCCGAUGAUCGCACACCAACGCCGUCCAACUCGCUCGGAAAAACACAUGAAUUUCCAUUCCCUACAAUGAACGCAAGAGCUGCUUCUAGCAGGAGGAGUUCGAUAGCCGGAAAUACGACCAGAACCCCGAUGUACGGUGUAUGCAUCGCUAUCCAAUUGCCGGUGGCGCAAUCUCUGGCGAGUCGUUCCGCAACUCGAUGGAACGCCAAAUGGCCAACCUCUGCCCCUGGUCCCGAAUCAUUACCUUCUUCAUUCGACUCCGACAGGAGAGCUGGGUGGAUGCUCGUUGACCCGAUCUACGGCUCCGACUCCUUCUCGUCGCCAUUCGGGAGUGAUGUGGAUGACAAUGUGGACCUGGUUGGAAGGCACUGGGAUGUCAUCGUGAGGAGUCUAGCUACGUUGCACGAACUUGCUGCAGAGAAAAUCGUAGCAAGACUAAGGGCGGUGGAUGUUGGCUCGCCCAGCCCGAAUGGACCUCAAUCUACAAACACACGAUAUCGUAGACGAGUCUACCUCAAGCCUUAUACCCUUGCCUUCGACGACGACUUGAAAAGGGCUGCAACGUCUGCCGGUGAGAGAAUCGUUCGAGGCAUGAUAAUCCCUCGAGUACGGACCGGCCAAGGGAAAUGGGCGCUGUGGCGAGAGGAGGCCAAGUGGCUUAGUAACCUCAACGGGUCGAAAGAUGACUUCCUCGCAACGUUUUUAACUUCGUUCCUUGGAAGUCACACAGAGUGGCUUGAUACGCUAGGUCCGAAGCAGUACCGCAAGAAGCACUGGGAGCGACGACGUUCAACUGGAGACAGCCAGGACAUCGCGUCAAGAACCGUUAUCGUGUCAAACAAUGCCAUCGCAGCUCGGCGGUUAGUGUUCUUUCUUUCUGAGUUUCUGCCAUCGUCUCCCAAACCAACUGGUGCGUUCUCACCGCGUCGGCCGGCGACGUCCGCAUCUUUCCGAGCAUACUCUCAGUCCCCGCCUAUGAAUGUAGGACUCUCCCGCAAUGAAUCCCUUCGGCGAACGAUCAAUCGAAGAGGAAAGAGUGCAUCCUCCAUGGCUCCGCAGCAGGUUGGAGGACGGAACAAUAGCACCUCCACCAUAGAUACCCUUGACGAACGGAGUCCUGCAAAGGUCAACGACCGGGAGGCAGCUCACGAGACAGGAUCCCGUCCAGCGUCGGAGGGACGACCAAUCCUGCCUAAGUUAUCUCUAGCGGCUGAUGUCGAUCCAUCCGUCCGAAAGAGCGGCGCUGCCACACCAUCGACGGUUACUCCGACCUCUUCUACCCCUGUCCGUUUCGCUAUGCCACGUACUCCCUCUGCAACCUCCAUUUUGCCUCGCCCUGGUAGCAGUAGUAGCCUCGCAUCUGCGAAUCUGAUGAGCAACCUCAAUCGGUCCACCUCAGCCCAUGAAAGCAACGAGUCCCAAUCCGCAAGCCGAUGGGGCAGUUUCAAAAGCUUGUGGAGUCUCGGAACCCGUCAAGACUCUUCUACGGAUUACGGCGACAUCAUGCACACACCGGACGAAGGCCUCGGAAUUUCCACGGCGAACCGGAGCGCGUACCGCCAACCAAACGAGCUUGAACGUAUGGUCGAACAGCUGUCCGGCGUUGAUCGCGAUCUGUAUCCCGAAGAUCUGCAAGAUUCGGUUGGCGCUCUAUCUCCGGAUGUUUCGGCCCUCGACCCAGAACAAGACUCGCCGGAACAACGCAUUGCCACUUCGGAUACAACUUCAAACGUGUCGGCGACAGCAACCACCGGGACAUCCGCAACGUCGGCGGCUCGUGCGAUACCAGAGCGCAAGCGCUCUCAAAGCUCUUAUUCGCCCCUGAAGAUGUCCGUCAAUGAGACUGAUGGUGUUAUCGACGUCGAGAUACCAUUCUUCGACUCGACACUCGAAACGGGCUUCGGGUUGGCCUCACCAGCCCAGUCUCCUUUCCUCCCCGGUUUCAAUUCAUCUUCAAGUGCUGGAGGGUCUGAUUGCGUGGAUCCUGGCUCGUUCGGAUCAGGCAGUCAACUAGGUACCUUCCCAUCGAUGAACCCAUGUCUUCACAGCAAGGAUAUCAACGCAGUAAACGUCGCUGGAUGGCUCAAGAAAUUCCACCCGGACUUCGAGCUGCAAUCGGUGUUGCCAUACUCCGAUCUCGAGAAAGACAUCCGCAACACCAUGAGAGCCGAGCCUACUCCAACCAACAGCCUUCCCUGUACUAGCCCAUCGAAUACUCCCGAUCCCGCCGAAGUCAAGCCACAUGAGCGGUGGGUCAAUGUUUGCUCGACGAUCAUUGCAGAUACGGCCACAUUUACCGUGCGUAAACUCACGUUGAAGCGGCUGGUCAAGCCAUCAUUCUCCGAGAUAUUCCCGUUGUCCAUGCCCGUGACCCCGGCAUUGAAUCCUACUCCAGGAAUCGGCUUUGGGGGCAUGCCUCACCGUGGUUUCCGUCCGAAUACACACACAGAUGCACCACACUCACUAUAUUCCAACUUAGGCGAGACGGUGGUCGAGGAGAGGUUUUCAGAGGAGAAUCUGACGGAUCGGGAUCCAAUCCUAACCCGGUGCCUUAAGAAGCUACUCUCGCCGGACAAGCAACAUUUGUCACUUUCACUUGCUUCCUCGAGAUCGAGCUCUCGCCGCGGCAGAGACCAGACUCGAAUCGAGCCGGACGUCGGGCCGGGCGUCAACAUGCUCGGCUUCACCAACUAUGAAUGCAAGCAGCUCGUCAUGGAUGCUCUCGAAGAUAUCGUCAAGAGCGUCGCGGCGGACAUGGCGCGAGGAAAGGGCGAGAGUGUCGAGGCCGAGGUGGUGGGGAAUCCGGGUCAUCGCCACAAAGUGUCUACCAACUCCUCCAUUUUGCGGGAGGGGGUGCGCAGGUGGAUGCAAGAUGCGGAUAGAUUCUCGUCGUGAGCAGGAUGCUGAUGUCUUUCUUUACUAAUACAACUUUCCCUUCGUUGAGGUCGGUGGCUCGAUACGUUGGGUUAUAGAGGACUUUUUCACUUUGGCGUUCGACAGCAUGCCUUAGGGCUUGGCGUGGCAAUACCACUAGCAGGAGGGGCAGUUGCCACUAGCUUGAUGAUUUGGCGUUAUGGGUCGGUACAGCACGCUUCCAGGCGAGCUUAGAGUCGCUUUGCGAGAAGAUGGUGACGCCUUUACGAGCUAAUGACCUGCAAUGCCUUACGCGGAGACAUCCAAGUAGAGGGAAUGUGUAUAUUAAUCAUAGGUAGUGAAAUAACGCUACGUAGUUCAUUCAACAUGGUCGUGAACUCGU